GUCGCGCGUGUGCCUUUAUCAGUUGAUACUGGUCUUUUUCACCUGAUAUGUCGCGAUAACAUCUGAUUGUGUCUAGCUCGCUGGUAGCUAGGCUAUAUAUACUUCCUAUUAGCUGUUUCGAAUCAUAAUAAACGACCGAAUUUUUUUCCGUUCUUGUAUCAUAAAGAGCGAGGAAGUGGAAUCUAAUCAUGAGCUUUAAUUUACGUUUUACUGUACUCUUGUGAUAAGUUAAUAAUUUUAUCGCAUUUAAGUAGCCAAGGCAUUGUCAUAGGCCAUCUCUGGAAGGAUAGAAGAUUAAAUGUGUAGAGAACGCUUUCAUGACUCACCUUGAUAAAGUAAAAUUUGAGUUGUCAAGCAGUCUUACAUUAACAAAGUUAUGAUGCUUAACAGCUGGACAAAACACACCUUGCACUGUGUUUUAUUGGCAACAGUCAUAAUAAUAUUUGAAUAUAUAUCUGGAGUUCUGAAAUGGGGGCCAAGAGAAGAAGACACACUCGAUCCUUGGGCAGUUUAUGGAUUUGUUGGUGCAUUCACACUUUAUCUACUGAGAACUUUGACCUUGCUCUCUUUACCACAAGUUUUAUUUAACUUUUUUGGAUUAACUAUAUAUAAUGCUUUUCCUGAUAAAGUGGAACUUAAAGGUUCACCUCUAUUAGCGCCUUUUAUGUCUAUAAGAAUAGUGACACGUGGAGAUUAUCCUCAACUCGUAAAAGAUAAUGUAAACAAAAAUUUAAAUAAAUGCAUUGAUGCUGGUUUGGAAAAUUUUCAAAUUGAAGUAGUAAGCGACAAACCAAUUGGUUUAGUUGCUCACAGAAGAAUAAGAGAAAUUGUUGUACCAUCUAGUUAUCAGACAAGCAGUGGAGCACUUUUUAAAGCAAGAGCGCUUCAAUACUGCUUAGAAGAUUCUGUUAAUGAGUUAGCUGACAAUGACUGGAUUGUCCAUCUUGACGAGGAAACUUUAUUAACAGAAAACUCUAUUAGAGGAAUAGUAAACUUUAUUCUUGAUGGAAAACAUCAAUUUGGUCAAGGUCUUAUUACUUAUGGUAAUGAGCAAGUGGUUAAUUGGUUGACAACUUUAGCUGAUAGUUUUCGAGUCGCAGAUGAUAUGGGAAAACUUAGAUUACAAUUUACUUUAUUUCAUAAACCAUUAUUUAGUAUGAAAGGUUCAUAUGUAGUAACACAAAUGGGUGCUGAAAGACAAGUAUCAUUUGACAAUGGAUUAGAUGGGUCAGUUGCAGAAGAUUGUUAUUUUGCUAUGAAAGCAUUUUCUCAAGGAUAUAGCUUUAAUUUUAUCGAAGGAGAAAUGUGGGAAAAAUCACCCUUUACAUUAUGGGAUUUUGUUCAACAACGUAAACGAUGGGUUCAAGGUAUAUUACUUGUGGUCCAUUCAAAGGCAAUUCCUCUGAAAAAUAAGAUAUUACUUGCAAUAUCUUGUUACUCAUGGGUCACAAUGCCAUUAUCUACAUCCAAUAUUAUUCUUGCUGGUCUUUGUCCCAUUACAUGUCCAAUUAUCAUGGACUGUGUAUGUACAUUUAUUGGCGCUGUAAAUAUUUACAUGUAUGUGUUCGGAGUUUUAAAGUCAUUUUCUAUGUAUCGCUUUGGAAUGACUCGAUUUUUAUUGUGCAUUUGUGGAGCUUUAUCCACUAUUCCUUUCAAUUUAAUCAUUGAAAAUGUUGCGGUGAUAUGGGGGUUGUUUGGAAAAAAACAUAAAUUUUAUGUUGUAAAUAAGGAAAUCAAACCUAUUAUUCAAGUCUGAUACUUAAUUUGUUUAAAAAUACUUAUUAGUCAAUUCUGUAGUCAGUAUGCAUGUGUUUCAAAUAUUGUUGAAAAACUAGUUUUUUAUAAUAAAAUUUAUCUAGCUAAAAAUCUUUGAUAAGGUACUGUCAUAUACUUCUGACAUAAAUUUUAAUUGUUUAAUUUAAUUAUUAUUAAGCUUCAUUGUAAUAUGAUUUUUUAGAAUCAUUUUGUUCAAUUGUUAAAAGUAAGCUGUUUUUUUUACCAAUGUAGCUAGCAAUUAUUAGACAAAUAGUGUAAUAAUAUUUACACUCAUAGCUUUAAAAGAAACUUCGUAGUUGUGAAAAAAUCGAUAAAAAUAUAAGUGAAGGGGCCAAUAUAAAAUCUUCAGCUCUUUAGAUACAAAGUUAAUCUUUUGAGGAAAAAUUAUGCUUAGAAGAUAAUUAAUGGUGCCUAGUCAAAACAACAAAAGAAAAAUUUAAUAUUUGCUAUUAAUAGUAAGUAAAACAAACAGUAUUACACAAGUAAAAAUUUGGAAAAACUAUACUGUGCACAAAUAUUAUAGAACUAAAGAAAUUCUGAAUACUUCAUAUCGUUAUAACUUAUAAUUGUUUUAUAGUUAUAAAAUUUAUUUAGAAAUGAAAUGUCUUCUAUAUUUUCAUAUUGAUGUAUCAAUGCAUUGAUCUACAGAUACAUAUAAAGCAAAAGCAAAACAUUUAAUCUAAAUAUAUUGACUAUAGUUUUUUACAGAACUGUAAAGUCAUGUCCACAUUGACUUUAUUCAAGAAAAUAGAGUCUAAUGAAUAUAUUUUGUUUUAGAACUUAAUAUUAACUUGCAUGCAAUUCAAUUGAGAUUUUUAUCCUUAAAAUCUUUUUUCAAUAAAAAGUUUUCAAGGAAAAGUUAUAAAGUGCUCUUUUGUAACUUUAUUUCAAAUCAAAAAUUUUCUGCAAAUAUCUGUAAGCUGCAUCUAUUAAAUGAUCACGAAUCUGCGAAAUACUAUCACAUAUCAUACAAAUCAAACGAUUAUAAUC